AUGUACAACAUCAAAGAUGAAUAUGAGCGGAUUGUAGAACAUCUUCACGACUGCUCGAGGAAAGCAAAGAGUUUCAAAACCACCAAGAGACGCCUGUCUCCGGAAACUCUAGAGCUAGUACGUCAGCGUGGAGCUGCACAAGCUGCAGACAACCAUGAACUCACUUUCGAGAAGUGGAGGGGGACGGAGAAAGUCAUCCAGGACUUCUACUCAGAUCUCUUCGACAGCCACCUCCGCUUGGCUCCUCACUAUCUGGAUUCAUGGACCCAUGAACAUUUCAUUCCAAACGUCUUCCCUUCCAAAGUUCGACAUGCCAUCAUGUCGGUGAAGAACCUCACUUUACCCGGUCCUAAGAGAAUCAAGUCUGAACAUCUGAAAAACGCACCGCCAGUCCUCAUCAACACUGGCGAAGCUCCGGUCAUGGAGGUCUUGGACAACUAA